UUUGACAGAUAUCUAUGGAGCUGCUAGACCGCUUCGCUUUCUUUUUUGUUUAUUUUCGUAAAUUUUCACGAAUUUCAACGAAAAUACAAAUUUUAUUACCACAUAAUACAAAAAAAAUACAGUAAAAUGCUCAAAGGACAAUAUUGGUAAAUCGGCAGCUUCUUCACUUAAACACAUAAUUGUUAAUUACAAAAAUAAGAAUCGUAAUUUCGUUACAAUCUUCUACGAUGGAUAUUAAAACGGAAACGUCUGAAAUGUCUCUGAUCUGCUCGGCCUGCCUGUGCGUUGGCCGCGCGCUGCGAACUAUAGACGAUUACAAACUCAGACAAUACUAUUUGGACACUAUUCGAGAGAUUCCGCUCUGUACUGCCAUGGAGGUGCAUCCGCUCGUGUGCUGGGAGUGCGCCGCGCUGCUGCGGAAGAUCGUCUCCUUUCGGGAACAGGUCAAAGACUCGUACAGGAUACUGCAGACUUACACUGCUGAGAGCCUAAACGAAUGUCUGUUAACCGACGUGAGCCGCACCCCGAGACUUCAGAUGACUGUGAAUGAGCAUGUGAAUGUGGCGCCCUCUGUGGAGGUGGAGUGUGCGGGGGACGGGGAGACCAAGAUGGUGGAAGUACAGCUGUUUGUGAAGGAUGAGAAGGAGGACUGGGCCGUGGAGGAGGAUGAUGUUAAGCGUGAGACGGUAUCAUCAGACGUGGACGACGCUCCAUACUUAUCAGAUGUAUCCGAAGAGAUGGUCAAACUGGAGACAGAGGUUAAAGCCAUCCUCAAUGAUGAAUUUAAUGAUGAUGAUGAUGGGAAAAAGAAAAAAGGAAGCAAAAAAAGGAAGUUGAAUAUUAAAAUGGAAGGAAAAACGGAGGAUGCUGAAGAGAUUGUCAAGAAAUUGACAAAAGAGAAGAAGCCAUCAAAAACCAAAACGGAAUCCAAAAUACACACCAUAGAGCUAACCUACGCGGAGAUGCUGGCGGAGAGAGCGAAACGCGCGGAGGCGGAGGCCUACACAAGUGCGGAGUACAAGUGUGAAACCUGCAUCGUUGGAUUCAGUAGCGAGGCGAGCCGGAUAGAACACGGGCUUAAAAAACAUGGGAGUCGAGGCAAGUACAGCUGUCCCAUCUGCAAGACGGUGAUCGGUUCCGUGAAUGCGUUCUCCGCGCACUACAAACGGCACUCGCGCAGAUACGAGUGCACAUUAUGCCACAAGCGCUCGUCGGACCGCAAGCAGCUGCUGCAACACUACAGCACCGCACACGAGGCACAGCCGCCCGAGUACAAGUGUACUCACUGCGGGAAGCUGUCCCAUUCUAAAGACGCGCACCGCUACCACGUGAGUCUCCACUCGGCGCGCGUGUCUUGUCCGCAGUGCAACAAGACGUUCAGCCAGCGCGCCGGACUCACGAACCAUCGCAACACGGUGCACGCGCUGGGCGGCGGCUUCCCGUGCGCGCGCUGCGGCCAGCGGCUCCGCUGGAAGACCAGCCUCAAGAAGCACAUGGACAUACACGAGCGGAAGGGCUCUACGCCGGCGGCGGCGCACUGCGCGGAGUGCGGCGUGAGCUUCGCCAGCGUGUGCUCCCUGCAGCGGCACCUGCGCAGCUCCCUCAAGCACGUCACUAGUGAUCAGUUGAAAUUCAUUUGCGACGACUGCGGGCGGCGCUACGCGAACAAGACCAAGCUCAGAGACCACAUCGAGGAGAAACAUCUGCACAAGUCGUACCAGUGCGACAUCUGCCACAAGCCGUCCAAGAACCGCGUGUGUCUGGAACAACACGUGCGCAACGUGCACCGCGGCCGCGCACUUGAUAAGAUGUGCCAUCACUGCGGGAAAGGAUUCCCUUGUACCUAUUAA